CGUUUGAACGUCACGAGAAAAUCAGAUGAUUUUUGUUGUCUAAUGUUUUGGUCAUUGUAAUUCUGAAUCUUAAUGUAGAAUAUACAAAUUAGUUAUUCAAAGUAUUAUUUUAGCUUGUUCCAAUUAAAAAUUGUGAAAAAGUCACAUGUACGAGUCCCUUUUCAAUUUUUAUUGUAAAUAAUAUUCAGGAUGUUAAAAUUCGAAAUUGUAUCUUCUCGUACAGUGGAGGGUGUCGACAAUGAAAAAAAGUUUGUAGCGUACAUGUUACAAGCGAGACAGGACUCAACAGAAGAAAGAAUUUACGAUCCUGAUCCCGCUAAUGUUGAGAGACGCUAUACCCACUUUUUGGACCUCUAUAAUGGUCUUAAAAAAGAGUUCCCUGAUUUGAUGAGCAACGUCUCUUUCCCUCGCAAGAUUGUUGUUGGUAAUUUUGAUCCCAGCCUCAUAACAACAAGAUGUGAAGCAUUUGAGUUGCUUCUUAAUUUGAUUGCAAGUGAAUCCAGACUAAGGGAUUCACCACCAGCCAUAGCAUUCUUCCAGGAUGUAGAAUUGAAACUAGCUAAACAACUGAUCAGUGAAGAGAAAUAUGAUCAAGCUUUAUCAGUUUUAGAGACUAGUUUCAGAUUACUUAACAAGGUGUACACAGAUAGAUCGAGGGUAGUAUUGAGUGUGUUAUGUCGCAUUGUGGCAUGUGCUGGCUCCAGCGGGGGAGCAUUGGCUGGUCCAGUUGAGAGAUGGGCGCAACUUGCCCUGAGACGCUAUGAAGCUGUCAGUGAUUCAGAACUCCUACUCAUAUAUGUACCACUGUUGCAUACCUGUAUAUCCAUAUGGGAAACAUUGGGUCGUGACAAAACCAAGCUAGUGGAAGAACUGAACAAUCUUCGAAGAAGGGGGAUGAAAGUAGAUUCAGUUCCCAGUCUAAUGGAAGCUAUUGAUAACCUGAAUACAACCAUGUAGUCAGUUUCAGACGCUGCUAUAGUAAGCUUUAAAUAGUAUAUUUUCACUUAGUAUAAGCCAGUUAUGUAUUAUAUAAUACGAUUUACACUAUAUCCUAUUUUUAAACUGUAGUUGUUAGGUAUAAUGAAGUAAAUUAUUAUUUAAUCAAAGUAUUACGAGUUAGCCUUUGUACACAUGAAAAGUUAUUAAAAAUAAAUUAAGGCUGGCUAAUAAAAGACGACGGUCUGUAAUUAUUGCUUACAGAUACUAUUAUAAUGACAGUUCAUAGUUUUAAGCUAAAUAUAUUAUUAUCACGAUCAUUAGUCUAUAAAUCAUGAAAUCUAUAGAUGAUAAACCAUAUAUAUUAAUUGAACAAAAUUUGGGCCGACUAUUUUCAAUUUUUUCUCAAGUUUUAAAACUACUAAUACUUUAGUUGAAUCUCUAUUAAAAUUUAUUAUUGAAUCAAAGUUAUUUUGGUCCAGUACCUUAGUUUUUUUUAAUGAUAUUGAUGCGCUUAGAAUAGAUAAAGAUAAAUUCUUUCAAAAUAUUAAAUUGACUUAAUAAGUAGAAGAACUUUUUCGGUUAACACAAUUAAAAUUAAUUGGGACUAAAUAUUUUAAAAAGUGUUAAUGAUACGUUCACAAAUUCGACAAAAAAUAAAUAAAUAAAUGAAUUUAAAUAAAAUAGAUCUUGUUUAAUAAAGUUUCAUUAAUAAAUGUACUGAAUUUAUUAUUAUUAAUAUUUCGCCGAGGAGAAUGUAUGAGGCUAACAUUCUCCAUCUGAUAAACAGUCGAGAUCAAUUUUUUCGAAAUAUUAAUUAUUUCUGAACUCUGUAAAUAGUUUGGCUAUCGAAAAGACUAUUUAAUUAAUUUUGUCUAGCAAUUGUAUGGGCUCUUUCAACACCUAUCUGGUUUGAGAACGCGUCUUUAAGUACUAUAUCUUUUGGCGGUUCAUUUUAUUACGUUAUUACGUUUAAAAUCAAAAAAUAUAAGUACUUCGUUUAUAAUCAACUUUUACUAUUUGAAGGUAUGAAACUACAUUGAAAAUGUGAUAAAAUUUUCAUAAAAUUUAUUUAUAAGGCAAGUUUGUCAAUUGGUCGCUAUUAGGAAAGUGUAAUAUUAAGGGUGCUUCUGCCUUUGUGUUGGGUGCAGCAAAAUAUUUUGUCGUAGCUUUGAGAGUAUAGAGAUAUCUGUACGCCAUCUUCUGUCAUGCCUAAGGACUAUUUUUAUUUUUAAAAUCGAAGACUUCUUAGUUUAAAGCGGAUUGGGUAGAUGGCGCUAGUCUGAAAAAGGUCAUAAAUUUUACUUUAUCUAUUUUUAAGUUAUUUAAUCGGAAGAUUAUUUAUUCAUAGUUUUAUGGCUGUAUAGAAAUUUUUUGGAAACUUUAUUGAUUGCUUGUGUAAUUUACAAAUUGUGUUAAGUACAAUUAUAUAAAAAUUAUGUAUAAUAUAUACCAUUACCUUUUGCUAUACAAAUGAAUUCAUUUUUUUAUUGUAUGUGUAUUAGGGUUGAAAUUUUGAUAUUUGAUCAGUUCUACGCUACUUUAUUUAUUUAUAGAUGUGGAUACGAAACGGAUACUAAGCUAUUUAUUUUAGAUGUACAUUUAUUUAA